AUGUUCACGCAUCGGCUGAGCCUCUCGAGGCCUAUCGUCCUUCUCCUUCUCCUCUUCCAGGGACUAGGACUAGCCAGCGUCGGCGAUGCGGAAGUUACGCCGUCGGAACCUCACUUCCCAAGUUCAGCGAUCAGAAUUGAUAAAGCGAGUCUUGACAAAGUUAUCGAUAAGAAUAUGAAAAGUAUUCAAGACGCUCUACUACCGAUAGAUCCAUUGAACCUAAAGACUAUACAUUAUCCUAUAACGUCUAAAAUCUAUUUAGAUCUUCGCAACGGAUGGAUGCAAAAUUUAUCUUUAGUUAAUCGAGUUGGUCCAUGCACUCUCACAUACACUAAUAAGGUGCUAACUGCUGACAUAAAUUUUGGAUGGGAUAAAAUUGUUGCUGAUUUCCGUUACAAAUUGAAAAUGAUUUUUAUGUCAAGGAAAGGCGAUGCGCAUGUGAAGGUGUCUCAUUUAAGUGUUAAUACGGUCAUAGACGUAGAUUUUAACAAUUAUCUAAUAAUACUGAAGCGUCUAGAAUUUGUUCACAAAGGAAAAAUCAACGUAUCAAUACAAGGACAUAUAAUAGACAAAAUAUAUAAUCUUAUUAUUAAAGCUAUAACAAGUAUUGUCCAAAAGUCUAUUUUCAAGACAAUUGAGUCAAAGGCCACAGAAAUGAUUCAAUCCGAGAUCGAUGAAAUAAAUCAAAUUAUUAGUGAUCAUCAUCACCCGUUUACAUUCCUUAAUCUUGUAGCAUUAAAUAAUUCUGAUGUUUUCGUGUCUUAAUUUAAUAAAAUUGAUAUUGAUAAAACAAA